UUCUCCAGUAAAGAAGCAUGCAACACUCCCUGUGUCCUGGUUACAUUAAAUACUCUUAUUGAAAUAUAAGUAACAUAUUUAACACUGGCGACGAGGAUUAAACUGUUCUUCAGCAUGGCUCCAGGUAUCAGUGGAGCACCAGUGGGCUGACACAGCAUAAUUUUGGGGUGCAAACAGGAACAACUCAUUCAGACUGCCAGCAGCACCUAACUUGAAUAAAAGGAGCACGUGAGUUAUAUCUUCAUUUUCUAAGGAAGGGAGGACUAAGUAUAAAGAAAAAAAAUGUCAGGAUAUAUUGGCACAAUAGCUGCAUUUGAUGGUACUAUAGAGGACUGGGCUACAUAUAUUGAGAGAGUGGAGUUGUAAUGUGUUGUUAACGCAGUGCAAGCAGACAGGAAGGUUCCAGUAUUACUCAGUGUAAUGGGUGCCCAAACAUACAGUCUGCUAAGGAGUUUAAUAGCACCUGAGAAGCCAGCCAACAAGUCCUUUACUGACAUUGUGGACAUUUUACAAAAGCACUUAAACCCUAAACCAUUAGUGAUUGCUGAAAGAUUCACGUUUCACAGAAGGAAUCAAUCUGAAAGUGAAAGUAUUUCUAAAUACAUUGCAGAGCUGAGGAAGUUAUCUGAACACUGUGCAUUUGGAGCAGGGUUAUCAGAUGCUCUAAGAGACCGUUUAGUUUGUGGGAUGAAAAGUGCAAGUACACAAAAGAAAUUGCUGGCUGAGCCUGACCUGACCUUAGAGCGAGCACUUGCCAUAGCUAUUUCACUGGAGACUGUUACCAGGGAUGCAUCAGAAUUGCAGCAAAAGGCACCAGAAUGUACUCCCAAUCCAGUUCAUUGGUAUCAGAGACAGUCCUGUGUUUGCUGUGGGAAGUCCUCACAUGAUGCCAGUCAGUGCUGGUUUAAAGACAAAGUGUGUAGAAAAUGUAAGAAAAGAGGACAUAUUGAAAGGGUGUGCCAGUCAGGGAAAACACCAAACCGCUCGCAAGUAUCCAAAGAUCCCGGGAGAAAAUAUACAACAUCCCAGGUGCAGAAAGUAGCCAACAAUGAAUCAGACUCUACUGAUAGUACUGGUACAGAAAAAGGGUUAUGCAGCCUAGAGAUGCACUCUAUGACAGCAAAAGAGCGUCAAGUGAUUUGGGUCACUUUGGAAGUAGCAGGUAUUGACUUAAAAAUGGAAUUAGACACAGGCUCUGCUCUGUCAGUGCUAAAUGCAAGUGAUUACAAACGUCUGUUUGCUGCUAUUCCUUUAAAGAAAACAUCCGUAACACUCCGCACAUAUACAGGUGAACUGGUGUCCCCAUUGGGAAAAAUAAAAGUUUAUGUGAAAUACAAAGGCAAUACCCAUAAGCUGUACUUGUACAUACUUCUACAUGGUGGACCGGCAUUAUUGGGCCGCGAAUGGAUAAGGAAAAUGCAACUUGACUGGCAUUCCAUUCACAGGCUACAAUCUACUGCAUCUGAUGUAUCCAACAAUGACGCAGCUAUUAAGGAACUUUCUAAAUUGUUAGCUGCCGCACAACCCAUUUUCCAACCAGGGAUAGGCACGUUAAAGGACAUUAAGGCCAGUAUAGAGUUGGAUCCACAUGCCGUUCCAAAGAUUUGUAAAGCUCGCACAGUACCUUAUGCCAUCCGACCAGCGGUUGAGGAGGAACUACGGAAACUGAAAGACUCUGGUAUACUCUCCCCAAUGGAAUGGAGUGAAUGGGCUACGCCCAUAGUUCCGAUAGUAAAGAAAGACAAAAUGGGAAGUAUCCGUAUUUGCGGAGAUUUCAAAAUGACAAUAAAUCCAGUACUACGGACUGUGCAGUAUCCUUUGCCUAAAAUAGAGGACAUCUUUGCAGCUCUCUCAGGAGACAUUGCAGAGGAGCGCUCAGAUGGCACGCUUGCAGACAAUAACUUGGAUGCGGGACCAAUGACAAAUGGUGAUAUCCUCCCAAGGAAACCUAUACGACUUCCAAUAAAAGAACAAGCUGUUAACCGUGAAAGAGCCAAUGAGCAACACAGAUCCAAAACCAACAAGAACCUUCAUGAUGAGAAGAAGAACACAAGACAUCCAGCUCCCAGGAGUCUUUGCCAGCAACAACUUGACCAGGUGUUGGAGAGGAUUUCUUCCAUGAAUCUUCCUGACGAGAGAGGACCCCUUGAGCAUUUGUAUGCUCUGCACAUCCCAAACUGUGACAAGAGCGGGAACUUUAACCUUAAACAAUGUAAGAUGUCCGUGAAUGGUCAACGUGGUGAGUGCUGGUGUGUUAAUCCCACUAGUGGGAAGACUAUCGUUGGAGCACCCAUGAUAAGAGGAGACCCAGAAUGCCACCUGUACUACAUAAACACAGAAGAAGAACGCAAGUCCCGUGCCCAGUAAUUAGCUGCCUGGGUGGUCACCUGCACGCUUCCAGCUAAUAUCACAGUGUCUGUAUUUAUACAUAUAGGGUUGACAUGACAGGAUGGUUUUGAAAGUGGGCUGGUUGACUUCUUUGCCAAAUCUUGUAUCAGAACCUGGGCCACUUGUGCUAGAACAAAGCAGGACACCAUGCCUGGAAUUAUUUGGAAGGUUCAAUUUUCACAAAACCAUCCCAAUUUUAAAACUUCACCCCACUUCAGUGGGUAAAUACACAUAGUAAAUUUGGCACCUUUAUCUGCAUGUCCAGAGGACCGAGCUGCUGCUGGGUUUCCAGAUGUUGUUUUAUUUUUAAAAUUUAAAGUACUUAUCCAGCAGAACUCAAAUCAUUAUAACAACAUGUUAUAAAAAGAAAUGAGGUGUCUUGGUAAAAGUGUCAAUUGCAUGGCCAAAUUGUUUAUUUCAGGAUUGGAGGAAGAAUGUGGAGGGGCUUAUUAACCAAGUUUGUCAAUCAUAGAUCAGAAACAGACAUUUCAUUCAUGUUGCUCUUGGCAUACUUGCAAGCUAUAUUAUUCUGGAUUUACUUUCAUUUUAAAUUAUUUUUGCAAAAUGAAUUGCCAGUUUGGACCCAAUUAACCCUCUGAUGUGUUCAUUUCAUUACAUGGAAAUCAGCAUGUGCUUAACACUGUCAUAGCAAGUGACCCCAUCAUAUUGCAACCUAAGGUUUACUGAACCUUCCACAAGAUGCAGGGUUAAUAAACUCAGCAAUCCUUUAAGGGGUGAGGGGUAUAUGAUUUAAAGUUUUCUUUUAGUUUACCAAGAAAAUGAUACCGCUGUUAACUUUAUUUUCUUUUAUCAAGCGCUGAGGUAUCAGUCUCUGGUGUGCGUGUGUACGUGUAUAUUAUUUUCCUUUCUAUUUGGUGUUACGACUCCUCUUAAUAACUACACCACUUGUUAUACUAUAACACUGCAAUACAGUUACAACAUGUACUACACCAGUUUUUAGGCUAUGUACAGCACUUUUCAGCAAUCUCUAUGACAAGGUGUUAAGCAAAUAGUAUUAAACUGCAUGCCCAUUCUGGGGUGAAAGGGAAAAUGAUUCAGGGAAUAGCUAAUCCCCUAGCCGAGCACCUUUGUAAAUGCUGCUUUUCAUUUUCAUGUAAACUACAGUUAGUGGUCAGAAUCAGACAAAGACAAGUUUUCAUUAAACUGCAAGCAUGUUUAAUUCAUUCUUUUGAAUUUGUAAGGUGACAUAUAAUACAGAUAUAUGAUGUAUCUUACCAUAACAGGUUCUGUUAAAAACUGCAGUAUAAGUAUAUACCUCUAUAUUUUAAAGUGUUAAACACAAAGCAGGGCUGCAAUGAUUAGUCAGUACUCAGAAUGCAGUCUGGACCACUAUGCCAGUUGUCAGUAUAUCAGCUAUACUUUUCUUUUUACUUGUAGACAAGCUUGCUACAGUAUACCUGCAGAUCACUCGAAGAACAGUUACACGAUUAGAAUAUGAUUCAGUUAUUUGCAGGACUACAUAUUAUAGGGUUGAUAAUGACCCUCAGCUGUCUGUAUAUUUACAAUGCACUUUGGUGGACUUACGUUAAAAUAAAAUGAUUCAACAGACCAAAAAUGGCUUGAGUAGCACAGACCACCAUCUGCAUAGCCCUUGUAUACUAAAUCAUAUUGUGUGUUCUAACAAGUCAUUCUGUUGAACAAGGUCAUUGUCAGAACCUAUAUAUAAUGGAAUAUCAAAAGGAAACCUGAUGAAUCUAUAUUCAUUAUUCUGAUUCACAUAAAAUCAGAAUGGUUCCCCCCCUUUUUUUUCUUCCAAAAUUGCAACAGACAUUCAUUUACAGUAUGUAUGAAAGCUCUCAUAAAGCAAAAAUAGUUAAUAAUUUUGAUCUUGUAUUAAAAUGUGUCAUAUUACAUGCAAACCAUUGCCCUCCGUUAUAAUAAGGUUUCCCUGCAGUGGGGUUUCAUUAGCUUACUGGCAGGAAGUUUGAAGUGCCAAAUAUAAGCCUUCUCAUCGUUAUCUUACAUAUUUUUUGUGCUAAUAAACAUCUUACAUUUAUAUAUUUAGCAUUGAAUUGCUGCUUAUUAAUGAUCAUUCCAAAGAUCUUUUAUUAUCUGUUUAAAUAUAUUCUGUUAAUGUUAUGUUUGUGUGCCUGUCCUGUGUGCAUCUCUUCUGUUAAAUUUACUAGUACAGUCCCCUAGAUGAUAGGGAUCCUGCCCAUUCUAAUUAGUCCUAGAAAAUCACAAUAUUUAAAGGGACACUUUUCUGUGCAUAUCUAUUUUGUUUUUGAUUUAUUUUGUGUUUGCGGUUGUACACAUUAUCUCCAUGAUACAACUCACUUGUAUAAUAGCUAAAAUGUGCUUCUUAUAUUAUGCUAUCAUUUGUAUUAUACCUACCGCUGCGUAUUAUUGAACCAUAAUGUAAUGUACGAUGCAUUUUAGAUAUUAACCACUAGAUGGCGUAUAUCUUGCUGCAGAUUAUUUCCCAUUUUCUUAUGUACAGUAGCUCAUAUACAGUAGUUCACAAAGUGAAAAGAAAAAGGUAUGUUCAUUCUUUAAGGGUGUAUUGUGUUUGGAAUUGGGGGGUAUUUCCCUAUGUUGCAUUUCACAUUUAAAUAAAGAAAUAAAUAUUUGCAUGCUAACACAAUUUGCUAAUAAUAAUAAUAAUAAUAAUAAUAAUUAUUAUUAUUAUUAUUAAUAAUAUUAUUUUUAAUGAUUCAUAAUAUUAAUAACAAGGCAAUAGAUGAUUCUUUUUACUUAUAAUGUGUUGAAAUAAAUGUUUCCAUACAGUAGAGGCAGUCAUAUUGUUGGCUGAACCAAUUUGUAGCCUAUCAAUCCAGAAGGAACUAGUGACAUCACUGACACAUGAAGCACAAAGUGCCCUAUAAUUUAAAAAAGCAUUGUAUAAGCACAUAUGCAAGAUAAAACAUUCUACCAAAUAUGUAAAUAUGCAUACAUCUGAGUUUAUAAUAUUAGCGACUCACAAAAAACAACAGAAAACACACUUACUUUAAAGCACAUCAUUAAUUGAAGAAAAUGUAUUACAGGUUGAGUAUCCCUUAUCCAAAAUGCUUGGGACCAGAGGUAUUUUGGAUAUGGGAUUUUUCCGUAUUUUGGAAUAAUUGCAUACCACAAUGAGAUAUCAUGGUGAUGGGACCUAAAUCUAAGCACAGAAUGCAUUUAUGUUACAUAUACAUCUUAUACACACAGCCUGAAGGUCAUUUUAGCAAAUAUUUUUUAUAACUUUGUGCAUUAAACAAAGUGUGUCUACAUUCACACAAUUAAUUUAUGUUUCAUAUACAACUUAUACACACAGUCUGAAGGUCAUUUAAUACAAUAUUUUUAAUAACUUUGUGUAUUAAACAAAGUUUGUAUACAUUGAGCCAUCAGAAAACAAAGGUUUCACUAUCUCACUCUUACUCAAAAAAGUCCGUAUUUCGGAAUAUUCCGUAUUUCGGAAUAUUUGGAUAUGGGAUACUCAACCUGUACUUAAAUGUAUCAAUUACUAUAUCUUUCACACAAAAAAAUCCCGAACAUAACAACACAUAAAUGGCUCAGCCUAGAGGUUACACCAACGGCUUUCUUUAAAUGCUCCAAGUAAACCUAAACGGAUACAUAUCUAAUAUUGUACCAAGUCAAGAUAAAUAGAUACACACAUAUCUGCCAGUUACGGUACCUCCAACAUUGAACAAUUCCUGCACACCUCUAUGGAGUACAAGCCAAAACCUGCAAUGUUAAUGGAACGGCACAUUGGGAACAUCAUGUUGAAUUGAAUCUCCUGCAUAGACACACAUAUUAUACUGCAACAAAUAAACAUAAAUAUUAUCAUUAUUAACAGAUUCUUGUAUAGUGCAGCAAACUCCAUUAUGCUUUACAAUUGUAAACAACACUGAUAAAACUAUGAAAUAACAGACAGUCCUAAAGGUAGGAAGGCCCUGCUCGCAAGUUUACUAUAAAUACAUACACAUACAGUAAAAUACUAUAACAAAUUAACAUUAAUACAUACACAUAUAAUACUGUAACAAAUACACAUAAAUACAUAUACAGUACAUAUAAUACUGUAAACAACUAACAACAUAGACAAAUGCAAAUACUAUACAAUAUUGUAACAAUCCCACUAAGUCAUAUUAAAUAUACAGCUGUUUUAUGUUUGUGGAAAACAAUUAGGUUCAGGGUGCAGAAUGACUGCCAAUACUGUGUAUAGAUAACAUUCUGUGUAUAUAAGACAGUUCUGGCAAAAAAACAAUACCAUAUUUGUUGCUUCAGACCCACCAGAACUUUAAGGUGCAAAAAUUGAAAAGAUCCUCCCUCCCCCCCCCACCCCCCCCCCCCCCCCCCCCCCACCACACACACACACACACACACACACACACACACACACACACACACACACACACACACUCCCCCCAUCAUCUGCCCCUCUCCUUCUCCCAAGAGCAAAAUUGUUGCUGUUACUAACAUCUGGCCAGGAUCUUGUUGCUGUUACUAACAUCUGGCCAGGAUCGCCCUCCAUGUAUCACAUAAUACUUCUAUAUGAUCUACUGUAGCUGAGGGGCUUGUUGAGAUGCUUAAUGAGCUCAUGUGCUGUUUCAGCUGGACUAUCAUACAGAUAUUGGGACCAUUUAUCCUGAAUGGUUCUGAUGUUGAGAUGAUCAGCUCUGUCAGUGUACCAUGACGUAUGACAUUUCAGCAUUGGCUGGUGAUCUGCAGGUUCUCCCACUUCUCAGUCACACAGUAGAGAUGCGAUAGAGUCGCACUUUGUUUCAUAUCCCACACUAGAUAUGGAAAUUCUUGCAGGCGUACAUUAAACGCUCAUCUGAAUCAGCCACUUACAGUACUCAGCUCCCACUUUUAUUACUCUUUCUUUCUCAAAAUGCCUCAAUGAUUUUUUUUAUAUUCAAAUGAUUAAAUGUACUAUCUUGUGUUUUAUUUGCUAUGUACCAUCUUUUUGUAUUGUUUGAAUCAAUAUAUAUUAUGAGCGUUGCAGCAUUCACAAGCGUUGAGUAACUCAACCAGGUCACCAAACAAAAGGGAUUGUUUUCCACCUGCUCCUCUCUGUACCAAACAGUGUCUGGUGAAGGAUGAUUUAUGUGGACCUAACACAUGUAUAAGUAUAAAAGGAAACUUUGUCACAAUUGUUUAUUACUUAAUAAACACUGAAGAAUAUAUAAAAUA